CCCUUCUAUUGCUAAAACACAUUUUUCCCCUCUCCGGUGUUGGGCGGGCUGCUGACUUGCUCUGGUGUCCCCCCCCCCCUUUUUUUUUUUCCUCCCUGGAGAAAAAGGGGGGGGGGUGGUGAUAAAAGUAACGAUUUAUGUAAACAAUGGGUAAUAGUUGUACCAGUUAAAGCAAGAAGCUGUCUAUGUUUGGAACGAUGCGGUGCUCAGAAUCGAAUUAUGUUUCUAAAGGUGCCUUAGACAUAUCGGAUCAUCAGACAUAUUUCAGCACAGCGAUGUUCCAUUGGUUUUACCAUUGCACUAAGAUUAUGUUGGACCAUUGCACUAAGAUUAUGUUGGACCAUUGCACUAAGAUUAUGUUGGACCAUUGCGCUAAGAUUAUAUUGUACCAUUGCACUAAUAUUAUGUUGGACCAUUGCACUAAGAUUAUGUUGGAACAUUGCGCUAAGAUUAUGUUCGACCAUUGCACUAAGAUUAUGUUGGACCAUUGCAUUAAGUUUCUGAUAAAAGUUAUAUAAAUGACAAUUUAGUAGUUUAAUUGUUGUUUUUUUAGAAUAAAUUAUAUUUUUGCUUUAUUGUUGAGCACAUUUUAUAGGGGGGGGGGCACCUGACUUUUCCCGGGGAGUGGGACAGUGCCCCCCCCUAGAGAUGCAUACACUGUGGGCGGGGAGUCAGUGCUGUGCCAUGUUUACAAGCAUAAAAUGUCAUUGUUCAUGUUAAUAUUUAUUUGCCAUAAUUUAUUACCGCGAUUAGACUUAUAUGUGCCUUAUAUGUGAUUCAUAUGUGCCUUACAUGUCAUUGAUACGUGACCUAAACCAUUUUUCCUUUGCAUUAAAUAUGCGAUUUUUUAAGGAACAUUCUUACGCUGUUGCUAU